GUUGGACUAAAGAAAGAGAGAGAGAAAACAGGUUCCAAGGAAAGAUACAUUGCAUGUGCAGUGCACAAGUUGUCAGAUAAUGUAUCUGCAGCAAAAAACAUGAAUUUUAAAUUACUAAUCAAAUGGAAAAUUCUCAACUCCGCAUUUUCUUUCUCUUUUCCCCAACCAAAUAAAUUGAACUCUCGUCUCCUGUUUCAGCGCCCACCACAUCUCUCUCUUCUUCUUUCUUACGUAUCUUCUUUUUCCCCUACUUAGUGAGUAUUCUUACUUCUGAACAACAUCUGAUGCAUUCAAGCUUUCAAGAGUUACACCUGCUCUGCGUUUUUCUACUGUUUUUGCUUUUUGGGUGUUGCAUUUUCGGGUCUGAGGAUUUUCAGAAAGGUUUCUGCUUUGCGAUUCAACCAUGCCUGCUCUUGUUAAUUAUGGUGGUGAUGAUGAUUUCUGUUCUGGAGGGUCCUUUUAUAAAAAUUCCGCAGACUUGGGUAGAUUGUGCUCAAUCAGUUCCCAACUGGAUGUGUACUGCCCUCCUCGAAAAAGAGCUCGUAUCAGUGCCCCAUUUAUCUUUGGAGAAACAGAGAUUGAGCAGAAUAAGCAACCAUCAAUCCAUGUUCUUCCUGAUGAAUGCCUUUUGGAGAUCUUUACGCACAUUUAUGGGGGCAGAGAAAGGAGCUCCUGUGCUUGUGUCUCAAAGCACUGGCUUAUGCUUCUGACCAGCAUCCAUAAGGGCGAAUAUGAGUCAUCAAAGAUGGUCAAGGAGAAUAUUCGGUCAAGUUCUGCAGAUGUUGAGAUGUUCUCAUCUGAGGAGGAGGAUGGUUAUCUUACAAGGUGCUUGGAAGGGAAGAAAGCAACUGACACGAGGCUUGCUGCAGUUGCCGUUGGAACAAGCGGUCAUGGUGGUUUGGGGAAGCUUUCUAUUAGGGGAAGCACCUCUUCACGUGGAGUAACUAAUUUCGGGCUAUCUGCCAUAUCCCGAUGUUGCCCCUCUCUCAAGGUACUUUCUUUGUGGAACGUCCCACGUGUUGGAGAUGAAGGUCUGUCUGAAAUAGCUAAAGAAUGCCACUUGUUGGAGAAGCUAGACCUUUCCCAGUGUCCUUUGGUUUCAAACAAGGGGCUAAUUGCCAUUGCAGAGAACUGUCCUAAUUUGACUUCUUUGAGCAUCGAGUCCUGCCCAAAGAUUGGUAAUGAGGGCCUUCAAGCUAUCGGAAAGCUCUGCCCCAAGUUGCAGUCUGUCUCUAUCAAGGACUGCCCACUUGUUGGUGAUCAUGGAGUUUCAAGCCUGUUGUCACCAGCAUCUUCCAUCCUUUCAAAGGUUAAGCUUCAGGGUUUGAGCAUUACGGAUUUUUCUCUUGCUGUGAUCGGACACUAUGGCAAGUCUGUGACAAAUCUAAUGCUCAGUGGUCUACAAAAUGUAAGCGAGAAGGGAUUUUGGGUGAUGGGUAAUGCUCUGGGUCUCCAAAGAUUGGUCUCUUUAACUAUUACUUCUUGCUCGGGGGUAACUGAUGUUAGUCUUGAAGCCAUUGGAAAGGGGUGCAAAAACCUGAAGCAGAUGUGCCUCAGCAGGUGUUGCUUUGUUUCUGGUGAUGGAUUGGUGGCUUUUGCCAAGUCUGCAGGUUUUCUUGAGUGCCUGCAAUUGGAAGAGUGCAACAGAGUCGCACAAUCCGGGAUUAUCGGUGUCCUCUCAAACUGCGGAUUAAAAUCUCUUACCCUAGUAAAGUGCAUGGGAAUUACGGAUAUAUCCUUGGAAGUUCCUUUUUCCUCCCCAUGCAAUUCCCUUAAAUCCUUCUCUAUAAGGAACUGCCCGGGCUUUGGAACUGUCAGCCUGGCUAUGGUAGGCAAAUUCUGCCCUCAGCUUCAACAUAUAGAUCUGAGCGGGCUAUGCGGCAUCACAGAUGCAGGUCUUCUACCUCUUCUGCAGAAUUGUGAGUCAGGACUUGUGAAGGUGAAUCUGAGUGGCUGCUUAAAUUUGACUGACGAGACCCUUGUGUCCUUGACAAGGCUACAUGGUGCAACCCUGGAAUUGCUCAAUCUUGAUGGUUGCAGGAGGAUUACUGAUGCAAGUUUGGUUGCAGUUGCCGACAAUUGUCUUUUCCUCAGCGACCUGGAUGUGUCAAGGAGUGCAAUCACCGAUGUCGGUGUUGCUGCCUUGUCUCAAGCAGGGCAACUCAAUCUGCAAGUCCUUUCAUUUUCAGGUUGUUCCGGGGUAUCAAACAAAACCCUGACCUUCCUGCAGAAAUUGGGCAAGACCCUGGUGGGGUUGAAUCUCCAGCACUGCAAUUCAAUCAGCACUCAAACCGUUGAGUUGCUUGUGGAGAGCUUGUGGAGAUGUGACAUCCUUUUCUAAUAGAGGCAAAGAGUGAUCAUCAACAUCUAGCAGAGUUUUUGAG